AUGACUGAGAAGAACUUACUACUCAUGAAACGCAAUAUUACAGCUAGUAUUAGUCUUCGCUAUACAAUAGCGACCAUUCAGGCUGGAGUCGGAGGAUCCUGCGGCUUUGUACAAGGACAGCCAUUUCUGGAUAGCGUGACCCGCCAGUUGAAGGAGAAUGGGCUUUAUGUCGAUGACCGCAACCAUGAUAAGGUCAAAAUCAAUUUCGAUCAUCACAAAGGUAUAUUUGGCGUCUUUUCCGUGCUCAAGUUAAUCGCGGAUAAUUAUCCUGUGGGGCCUCUGGUAAGGCUUUUUUUUCUACACGCUGCAGACAGAAUCUUGAAUCUUCAUCGUCCAAAGCAUGCCAAAGCUUCGCCUUUGGAGAGUAUGUUUCUGGCCAACGGGGUUUUUGAUCUGUGGAGAGAAGCUUGCCUAGAAAUCAAGCCAAAGCUUGAGGACCGUCACGACCAUCUUCCGGAGUCGGCCCAAUUCCUUUGGACCAUGAAAUGUCUGCUUGAGGAAGCGGUUGUGAACAUUGACAUGUUGAAGAAAGAACACAAAAAGGCAACCGCAAAAUACAGGUAUAGGUCGGAAGGCCUUACCAAGUUAACGCCAUGGUGA